AUGGCCCCCAAGAAGACCACCCUGAAGGCCGGCAAUGCCGGCAAGGCCAAAUCGACGCGCAAGGUCUCUUCGGAGACGAAGUCUCGUAACGCCUCAUCCGCGUCUACCAACUCGGCCCCCGCGGCCGCCUCUACAACCACCCCGACGCCCCCCCUCUACGGGGUCGCUCGUCCUUCUGAAAAACUCCGUGGGACAUCCGCUUACGCCUUCGAAAUGAAGGAAUUCCUCUUGGCUAGGGCCAAGUACCACCAGAAAGAAGCCCGGGACCUUAGGGCCCGUGCCGACGAACUUGAGGAAUGGUGGAAGAAUGACACCAAGAAGGCUGCUCGCUUCAACACAGAGGGCAAGAAACUGGUCGACAAGGAGGGGGGCCCCUCCACUAUUGAUGAUUUGUUCGAGAAGACUUGUCUCGAGAUGGAGGCCGAAGAGGCCCAGGCCCAGGCCGAGGAGCCUGAGGAGAUCGGCUCUGAGGGCCAGGAGUUAAAGCUAUAA